GGACGUGUUCAGUCAGCUGGGUCAAUAGGCAGCAAAAACGUUGUUAACGUUGAGAAAUACCGUCUAACACAUACUCUGCAUACACAUUCCAUGGAGGUACUCAGCGUGGAAUGGUCUUGCGAUGGUCGUUACUUGGCUUCUGCAUCUAUGGACAAUUCGGUGGUAGUAUGGAAUGCGAAAAAGUUACCAGAACGAAUUGUUGUGUUGGACAACUCACGUGGAGGACAUAAUGGACCUGUUAAAGGACUAAGCUGGGAUCCAAUAGGGAAAUAUCUGGCUACGCAAUCAGCAGAUAAGGUUGAUUUAUUUUCUCUUAGACUAUGGACUACAGAUAACUGGCAAUGCGACACCGUCAUCACCAAACCAUUCAGUCAGUCAGAGUAUAUUUACAAUGUAAGUCUAUGGAUAGUCACUCAAAACCUGCAUUUUUACAACACUGUUUUCUCUAUUUUUGUUCUUUCUUUCAAUUCAUUUAUCAAAGAAAAAUUGUAUGGCGUUUUCCAGAGCAGCCAAACUACAAUGUUUUCUCGGCUGGAUUGGUCGCCUGAUGGUCAGUUCCUCUUUGCUCCAUGUGCUAUGAACAAUCAAGGGCCUACAGCACAAAUAAUUAUGCGAAAAGAUUGGGAUACUGAACUGGAUCUUGUCGGACACAGAAGAGCAGUAACCGCAAUCCGAGUAUGUCCACGUCUUUUGUCAUAUGUCGAUUAUGCAGGGAAAACAAUUCAGGUACUUGAUUCUUCUGAGAUUAGGGAAGGACAAAGUUUCAUAAUGUAUGGUUAA